UUUCCAGAUAUCUAAUGUCAGAUAAAAGUUCAAGCUUUAGCUCUUCAAAUGAUAGAAAAGAAGCAAAAGGCACGAUCAAUCUAUUACAUUGGUGGAACGAUAAAAGGAUAAAUGUCCAAUUCUAUCCAUCUUCAUCAGUGUCUA